ACUACACAGACGCGGUAAAGAUCCACUCGAACUUGUCUGUCAUCGUUAUCAUCGUUCCUGCCGAGGUCAUUAUCGCUCUCGGCUUCCUGCAUCCGCUACUCCUUUUGGUUCUUGGCGGACCCCCGGCUCUCCGGCGUGGUGCGGCGAAAUGCUGUGGGAAGCAGCUGCCCCUCACUUCAAAGGACGGGCACGCCGUGGAAAAGCCCUCGGUGGUGAUCCGCAGUGGAGGGGAUGAAAGAGUCAAGAGAACAGUUUAGCUCUAUAAAGCUGGAACUGAGCCUUUUUUUAAAAGCACAAUAAACAAGCCUGUUCAAAUCACCUCAACGCUACUGGUGCUGCUUGUAAAUGACUACGGCCCACUUCAGUUUGCUUGUGCAUGUAAACAACCCCUCAUACAUCUCCCUAUGUUUAUUGAUAGAUAAAUGCAUGUAUACAGUAUAGUAUGCAUGUAUCUAUGUACAUAUAUAUAUGUAUGGUGGGGGGUGGGGUCUGCCUGUGUCCCUUGUUUUGCAGCGCUCCCUUGUGAAUGACUCGACCCCGACUGGCCGUUGAUUAGCCCGUCCCACCCCGGUUAAUCCCUCGCCCCCAUUGGUGGCUCACAGAACAGCUUCCCUCAAAAACCGACCAAUGGCAGCAUCUCCAAGCCGCACCGGACCCCCCCCCCCCGGCUCUUAAAGAGCCCCCGUGACUUCAAUGGAGACUCAAUCCCCCCUCACCGGCUUGCUCAGACUCGAGUUUGCUCUCACCGCUGCUGCUCUCCACCCAUCUGCGUCUCGUCUCGUUCUCCAUCCAUCACUCUUUCUCCUGUCCUGCACACUUGCUCCCUGUUUCCUCUCUUCUCCUGCACUUCAGGUUUUCCUCCUCCUCUCUCUCUCUCUGUCUCUCGCUCUCUCUGUGCAUCAAAACCACUGUCCGUCUCUCCACGCACCCUGCUGAGCCUCAGUGCGCAGCACCUGUGCAGACUGGAGUUUGUCGGGCCGAGGCGGAAGGCGUUUUUUUGUUUUUUUAUUUUAUCUUGUGCGUAUGUGUGUGUGUUGAACGGGGAAGGGAGGGGAGGCAACACCCAGGAACACCUGACCAACAUUUCAUCAAGAUAUGUGGAGGUUUAGGAACUGAUCUCCGCCUCCAGCUGUUUGUUUGUCAGUUGUUUUUUUUGUUGUUUUUUGUUGCAACACCUGGAAUGCUUAACCUGGACUGAUGGAUGUUUCCGAGCUGUGCAUCCCCGACCCGCUCUGCUACCACAACCAGUAGGUUGCUAACCAGAAUGCCCUCUCAGGACCGGCACUUAUCCUCCAGCUGUGGUUCUUACGUCAAAACCGAGCCCUCCAGCCCGUCCUCCUCGCUGGUCGACACCGGCAGUCACCACAGUCCCAGCGGCAACUCCGACGCCAGCGGCGGCUACGUUAACGGCGGCGGCAGACACUCGCACGCCUUGGACUCCCCGCCAAUGUUCAACCCGGGCAUGCUGGGAGGGGGCGCCGCCUGCCUGCGCCGCUACGAGGAAUGCGCCGGCGUGGUGGCGGACGACUCGCCGAUCAAGUGCGAGUACAUGCUCAAUGCCAUCCCCAAGAGGCUGUGCCUGGUGUGUGGCGACGUUGCCUCGGGGUACCACUACGGGGUGGCGUCCUGCGAGGCCUGCAAGGCCUUCUUCAAAAGGACGAUACAAGGGAAUAUUGAGUACAGCUGUCCGGCCACGAAUGAAUGUGAGAUCACCAAAAGGAGACGCAAGUCGUGCCAGGCCUGCCGCUUCAUGAAGUGUCUUAAAGUCGGCAUGUUGAAAGAAGGUGUGCGUCUGGACCGGGUGAGAGGUGGGAGACAGAAGUACAAACGGAGGUUGGACGCGGAGAACAGCGCCUACCUCGGCCUCGGCAUCCCCCCUCCUGCCAAAAAGCCACUGACGAAGAUCGUUUCCCAUCUGCUGGUGGUGGAGCCGGAGAAGAUCUACGCCAUGCCGGACCCCACCAUGCCCGACGGAGACAUCAAGGCCCUGACCACGCUGUGCGACCUGGCCGACCGCGAGCUGGUGGUCAUCAUCGGCUGGGCAAAACACAUCCCAGGUUUUUCCACCCUCUCGCUGGCCGACCAGAUGAGCCUUCUGCAGAGCGCCUGGAUGGAGAUCCUGGUGCUGAGCAUCGUGUUUCGCUCGCUGCCCUGCGAGGACGAGAUCGUGUACGCGGAGGACUACGUGGUGGACGAGGAGCAGGCGCGGAUCUCGGGCCUGCUGGACCUGCACGUCGCCAUCCUGCCGCUGGUCCGACGCUACAAGAAGCUGCGUAUAGAGAAGGAGGAGUUCGUCACGCUCAAAGCCAUCGCCCUCGCCAACUCGGACUCCAUGCAUAUAGAGAACAUCGAGGCGGUCCAGAGGCUGCAGGAUUCCCUCCACGAGGCCCUGCAGGACUUUGAGGGCUCCCAGCACCCAGAGGACCCUCGACGGGCAGGCAAGUUGCUAAUGACCCUGCCUCUGCUCCGGCAGACCGCCACCAAGGCCGUCCAGCACUUCUACGGCAUCAAGAUGCAGGGGAAAGUCCCCAUGCACAAACUAUUCCUCGAGAUGUUGGAGGCCAAGGCUUGACCCCCGGGCCAGAUGUUUGACAGACAGCUGCGUCACUCAAUGGGAGGAGAGGGACAGCCCGUGAAAAGAAUAAAAGGUGGUGUGCCAACUCACAGUGACAGGAUGACGCUUGGACUACUGAUUUAAUUUUAACACUUUAAAAUGGUUAUAAACAUAAAAGAGAAAGGGACUUGGAAUGGUUUUAAAAAGGGUGAAUAUCAACCUAAUUGACAUGGGAUCAUGGUGAUGUGUAUAAAGAUGCUGUGUACAAAAAUCAGGCAACCGAGGUCUUGUUAUAGCCAGAGACCCAUUGCUCUAUAUCACCUGAAGCUUCUGUGAUUUUUGUUUCUUAUUUUCAUCUCAAAUUGGAGGUAUGUUAAUAUAAAUGUCCUGAAGAACUGUACGGCUACGCAGCCACAUAAUGUGCUUUUGUUUCUUUCUUUCUUAUUUUUUCUGUUUCUCAGCUGUUAAAGCAAUAGUCUCUAACUGGUCUACAUAUAAUAUGUGUACUGUAUAUUGUGUGAAAUUGCACUGGGCGGGUAGGGGCGAGAGUUGUUAGACAUAUUCUUAUAUUCGUCAUCAAAGAACGCGACCAGGGGUCUGUGAGAUUCUCGAUUUCCUCGUAAUAUAUUUACCUCGUAGUAGCUUCAUCAACCCAGCGGUUGUGGUCGACUUGGUGCUGACAGAAGGACUCGGGUUGGAUCGUAGUUGACAAAGUGUUUGCACUAAGCAUCGAUGAAUAACGUGGCAAUAAUGGGUAUUAAAUUAAGUCUCAGUAAGUGUUUUUUUAUUUUUAUUUACAGCCACAAAACUCACUCCUCACUUCUCUGCGUCUUCACUGUUACACGCAAAUAUUGGCAUUUUAGUUUACUGUGAAUAAUACCCAUGACUAGUAUCCAGUGCUGAAGAUUUUCAGCUAUGUGUUUUUUUAUUUAAUUACAGGUACAAGAACUAUCUAUGCAAUUUAAUGCAAUCUAAAACUGUUCUGUAGUGCAACCUGAUAGCCCAGCAAUAAAUACUACCUUUGUGAAGUUUAUAAUGUUCAGUUUGUGUCACACAGGUGCCGAUUCAACUCUGGUCAUUUUUUUUUUUGUCCACAGUUUGUGAUGGUGCGGUAUUAGAUUGCAUUAUAUUGUAUGGGAUUUGCUUUUUCCCCGUAUUGAUCCCUCUUUGUUUAGGUUCAAACAACUGUCACUAUAUUCAUUGCAAUAGUUCCAUGUGAGCCUUUCUUUUUUCUUUUGGUCAAAGCCUUGUGCGUUUCAAAAUUCUUCAUGCUAGCCGCAUGCGUCAAAUCCUUUAAUCUGAUGUGAUAUUUUGAGGGUAUUAAAUAUUGUAGCUGUAUUUCAGGCGGAAUUUGACCCCUUUUAUGACUUUGCCAACUUUGAAACUUUCUAUCUUUGAUUGUUGAGACCUAGAAAACUCUUCGAUGAGUCAAAAUCUCAAAUGACGGACGUUUAACAGAUGGCUGCCGGUUUAAAUGGUGCAACAGUAUAAUGACACUUGUGUUUCUGAGCCUCACUUGAUUUCCUUUCUGAUUUGAAUCAACAAUAAUGACUGAUAAUUAAUAGAUGAAACCUUCUGAUAUUCUGUGUCUUUGAUAAUUAUUUUGCUCAUGUUUAAUGCAGGUGCCAAUCACAGACGUGCCCUGUAUUUUCAUUUCCAGAAAAUACUGAUGCAAACUAAGUAAAUCUUUAUAUUACAUUAACGAUAAUAUAACUUUUUUUUAAGGCAAUCUAUUUCCGUUGUUCAACAAGUUGCCAAAUUAUUCAAGGAAAGCAAUCAGAAUAAUGUGAUACAGCUAUAAACAUAUAAGAUCAAAAUAAUGAAAUAAUCCGCUGCUCUUAGGAUUUUAUUGAGACAGACGUUGUCCCUCAUGGACACUUUGAAACAUCAGUGUCUUCAGAGUGUUUUAAAGUGCCAUCCAAGCCGAGCAACCAGUAACUACAGAUGUAGGCCAGUUUCUAACUUGAAAAGAUCCCCACAGGAGCAGAAGCUAUUGAUUCCCCGUAAUGUAAUGCAUAGAUAAUUAUAACCCAAUACGGUAGAGAAUACAAUUCCCAUGAUGCACUUCUCCAAUUGUGUAACCAGCUGGUUGAAGCGACGGGCCGCUGUACAGUAGAAAACUGAAAUACUUCCAAAUGAAAAACUGAUAAAAAUGCAUUUUUUGGGUCAGCCAGUGAUGUUAUUUACACUGGUUGUACUUUUACUCUUCUAAUCAUCCAGCUGUGCGUUCUUUCAUUUUCACCAUCGUUGAUUAAGGAUCUCUUACCCUGAAGCCUAAAGAGAUAAAACCCAUAAGAAAGUCAUGCUUUUGUUUUCCACGGUUGGACGGGCGAGACUUUUGAGUGUUGAUCAACACGUUCUGGCCCAAAACCAAAAACAUGGGAAACCGACCUUCUCUCCUCUUCCUCGCAUACUUCCUCUUUGCCCUUUGACGACUGUGGCGGCCAAUUGUGUCCCAACUUUCCCUUCUUCUCAAAUUAAUAUAAGAAAAUAAAAGAAAAAUGCUUAAUUCAUUUUCAGAGUUCUAAAACUGUUCUACUACAUCCAAUUAAUUCUAAUUGUCUCCUAAGCUGAAAUUCUCAAUAGAAAUGGAGCAAUUAAAUUUCUGCUUUGGCGCUGCCUUGGGGACGAGAGACGUUUCAUUUGGGUUGUCGGUCGGGAGGGUUCGUCUAAACCUUUUAAAAGGCGAUUUCAUGCGCGUCUGUAAUGGUUUCAUCACAGAGUGAUCACUGGGCUAUGCAAGGCAAAUAUGGCCACCGAUGUUCCUCGUGUGGAGGAGCAUCAGACUCGACAUUUAGCUGUGCUUUGUUGCCAACGCGGCCAUGCUGUAAAGCGCUGUACGUCGCAAAUGUAUUGUGCAUCUUUCACCAUACUUAUACUGUCGCUGAUGUCCACUGAGCUCGUAUGAUUUGAACCCACAUCUCGCCUGAAUAGCGGUAUAAUAUUAAUCACUGUAUUGAGUCAUUUGAGUCUGUUAUAUUUGGUCUUUUUCUUUUUUCCCCGCGUCCCUCAAGGCUGAAACACACACACACGCUUGUUUUCUCAACGAUUUGGUCGUCAGCACAGCCGGACGUAAAGCGAGCGAAGCAGUCUAGACCCUAUACCUCAAUUCACGUUUUGAAAAUCACGCUGGGUUUGGAAACGGGCCAUGGGUACCUCCUGGGAAUCAGUGGCACAGAAAUAAAGUGACAUCACUGACUGGGUAUUAAAAAAAAAAAAAAAAGAUGUAGAUGAACCUGCUGCAAAUGGGGGGAGGGGAAAGUGGAGGGAGGGAUGGGGGGGGGGGGAUCACAUUCCUCGGAGGAGAAAGCUGCUUAUUCGCUGUUCCAUUUGCAGAGUUAUCUCCGUGCACUCUGAGUUGACGAGAUUUACAUAAAACACGGAGGAACCUCCGCGGCCUGCGCAGAGGACCCCGCUAGGUGUACGUACCGCAGACACGUGAUUACCCGAGAGGUUUACCCCCCUCAAAAGCAACGUGGUAGCAAUUGUGAUGUACGAAUCGAGGUAAAAGGGCGCGUUGCUUCGUGUGAAUUAUAAACUUGGAGAAGGACAAUGUUGGGAUGAAGAAGCAAAAAGCCAACAGCUUGGUUUCACUGCAGUACUGUGUGGCGUUUUCUUCUUGUGUUUUGUUUGUUGUGUUCAUGCCUAAUGUACUCAUGUGUAAAUAUAUGCUUUUUCUUUUGGAGUGAGUCCGAUCUAACAGUGCACUGAAUGUACAGUGACAAUAAAAUCACAUGGUUUAUGUA